UGUGAACGUGCCCUGCUCGCUCCGCAGCUGGGCGCCGAGAACGCGGACAGCAUCGGCGCCGUGCUCAACAGCAAGGAUGAGCAGCGGGAGAUCGCCGAGACCAGGGAGACGUGCAGGGCUGCUUAUGAUACUUCUGCACCAAAUGCAAAACGCAAAUAUCCAGAUGAGGGAGAAGCUGAUGAGGAAGAGAUUGAAGAAUAUAAGGAUGAAGUAGAGCUACAGCAGGAUGAAGAGAACCUGCCCUAUGAAGAAGAGAUUUACAAGGAUUCCAGUACCUUUCUUAAGGGUACUCAGAGCUUAAAUCCACACAAUGAUUACUGCCAGCACUUCGUGGAUACAGGACACAGACCCCAGAAUUUCAUCAGAGAUGUUGGCUUAGCAGAUAGGUUUGAAGAAUAUCCAAAACUUAGAGAGCUCAUCAGGUUGAAGGAUGAGCUGAUAUCUAAAUCUAACACUCCUCCCAUGUAUUUACAAGCAGACUUGGAAGCAUUUGAUAUUAGGGAACUGAAGUCCAAAUUUGAUGUGAUUCUCCUGGAGCCACCUCUGGAAGAAUACUACAGAGAGACUGGCAUUACUGCCAACGAAAAAUGCUGGACCUGGGAUGAUAUCAUGAAAUUGGAAAUUGAAGAAAUUGCAGCCCCAAGGUCAUUUGUGUUCCUGUGGUGUGGCUCAGGAGAGGGCCUGGAUCUCGGCCGAGUGUGCCUACGCAAAUGGGGUUACAGAAGAUGUGAGGACAUUUGCUGGAUUAAAACAAAUAAGAACAAUCCUGGAAAGACCAAGACCCUAGACCCUAAGGCUGUUUUCCAGAGAACCAAGGAGCACUGCCUCAUGGGCAUCAAGGGCACCGUGCGGCGCAGCACGGACGGGGACUUCAUCCAUGCCAACGUUGACAUUGACCUCAUCAUCACAGAAGAGCCUGAAAUUGGCAACAUAGAAAAACCUGUAGAGAUUUUUCACAUAAUUGAGCAUUUCUGCCUUGGACGACGACGGCUUCAUCUUUUUGGGAGAGACAGCACCAUUCGACCAGGUUGGCUGACGGUGGGACCGACCCUCACAAACAGCAACUUCAACGCGGAGACGUACUCUUCGUACUUCACCGCUCCCAACUCCCACCUGACGGGCUGCACCGAGGAGAUCGAGCGUUUGCGGCCCAAGUCGCCGCCGCCCAAGUCCAAGUCUGACCGGGGAGGUGGAGCUCCGCGGGGAGGAGGACGAGGGGGAACUGCCGCAGGCCGAGGAGAGAGGGGCAGAGAGAGGAACAGAACUAACUUCCGGGGCGAGCGCGGUGGCUUCAGAGGGGGCCGUGGAGGUACCCACAGAGGAGGCUUCCCCACCCGCUGAUACCCUUAGGAAUGGCUUCUUGCCCUGCUCCUACACCUCCUCUCCAAAUCUUUUCUUAGUCUUGUUUUUCCUAAGGUGA